AUGGCGGAACAACUCAACAUGAACGGCCUCAGCCUCAGCGAGCAAUCAACCUACAAGCCUCCCCACAUGCGGGGCAAGGUCCUUUCCCAGGAUCCUCGAAACCACCCGGGUCCGGGCCCUGCCAUGAACGGUGGCAUUGGUGGCAGCGCCUGGGCUCAGGCAGCACCUAACGGAUAUGGCGCCGAUGCCGGUUCUGGAAACUGGGCCAGCGCCCCUAACUUCACACCCCGCGGCAACGAGCCGCGUCCAGGAUGGGAUACUGCUACCGUCGCUCCCCCAGCCGCAUUCAACCGUCAGGGCUAUGGACACCCUGGUGCCGGAGGCGGCUCUUCUGCUCCUCGCGGUGGCGGCGAUGGUCGAUGGGUUGAUGGCAAGCACGUUGCUGGCCCUGCGAAUCCUCGCGUGGAGCGCGAGCUCUUCGGCGUUGCCGACGACCCAACCAAGCAACAGACUGGUAUCAACUUUGAGAAGUAUGAUGAUAUCCCAGUUGAAGCUUCGGGUACAGAUGUCCCCGAGCCAGUUCUGAAAUUCACCAACCCACCUCUUGACGACCACCUGCUCAAGAACAUCGAUCUUGCACACUACAAGGUCCCAACACCCGUCCAGAAAUACUCUAUUCCUAUUGUCAUGGGUGGUCGCGACUUGAUGGCUUGUGCGCAAACCGGUUCCGGAAAGACUGGCGGUUUCCUAUUCCCCAUCCUGUCGCAAGCAUUCAUCAACGGCCCUUCCGCUGCCCCAGCCGGUGCCGGCGGAAACUUUGGACGUCAACGCAAGGCAUACCCUACAUCUCUUAUUCUUGCCCCCACACGUGAGCUUGUAUCCCAGAUCUUCGAGGAGUCCCGCAAGUUUGCAUACAGAUCAUGGGUUCGCCCAUGUGUUGUUUAUGGUGGUGCAGAUAUUGGAUCUCAACUUCGCCAAAUCGAACGUGGAUGCGAUCUCCUCGUGGCUACUCCAGGUCGUUUGGUCGAUUUGAUUGAGCGUGGCCGCAUUUCUCUCUGCAACAUCAAGUACUUGGUCCUUGAUGAGGCUGAUCGUAUGCUGGACAUGGGUUUCGAGCCUCAAAUCCGCCGAAUCGUCGAGGGCGAGGAUAUGCCAGGCGUCCAGGGCCGCCAGACCCUCAUGUUUUCCGCCACCUUCCCCCGUGACAUUCAGAUGCUCGCUAGGGAUUUCCUCAAGGACUACGUCUUCCUGUCUGUUGGCCGUGUUGGUUCAACAUCCGAGAACAUUACCCAGAAGGUCGAAUAUGUUGAAGACAUGGACAAGAAGUCGGUUCUCCUCGACAUCCUCCACACUCAUGGCGCUGGCCUUACUCUCAUCUUCGUUGAGACCAAGCGCAUGGCCGAUGCCUUGUCGGACUUCUUGAUCAAUCAGAAUUUCCCAGCCACCUCUAUUCAUGGCGACCGCACUCAACGCGAGCGUGAGCGCGCCCUUGAGAUGUUCCGUAACGGUCGUUGCCCAAUUCUUGUUGCCACCGCAGUCGCUGCUCACAUUGUCGAACAUCUCGCAGACAUCCUCGAACAUCUCACAGACAUCUGGAAGCAUCAAUCACCGCCUACCUCUAUGACAACCAAUAUGGGGCCUGAGACAGAUGAUAUCUCGGUCUUUGUCCUAUGGCUGGCUUGGGCCUCUCUGUCUCUCACCAACCGCGCUCUCAAGAACCUCGUUUUCGACACUGUCUUUCCAACCGAGCAUGACAUGGAGAAAGUCAUGCAGUUCUCUCCAUGCGAAUUUGCUCCUGGCCUGCUGCAGAUCAUUCGGUCCUGCACGGCUCCUACAAUAUCCUACUUCAAGACUUUGCCUCUGCAUCUCGACAAGCUCUGGGCCGUCUAUCUACUGGUACUUGAGAAAGAUGGACAGCGUCCGAAGAUCUACAUAGGCAGUGGCACCGCAUCAUGUUAUGGCGUUAAGGGCAGGAUGUCGAGCUAUAACAGGAGAUCUCUCACCGGGAAACCUGAUAAUGCCAUACCCCACUAUGUCGAGACCUCCUUGCAAGAUGGAUACGCCAUCACUCAUAAGGGCCUGCUGGCCUGGACUCCUCUACCACUUGCUUCAGAGAGAUAUGCACUGCGAUGUCUCUUCCAAGUACUGGAAUGCGGCUUUACUCUCUGUUUCUGGGCUAUGAAGAGCCGUACAAAGGACUAUUUCAUGCCUCCUCUGUGUCCCUGGCCUCGCGAUACCCUCACCUAUGAUGGCUGCUGCACACACUUCUCGAUCAAUGAACAGGUAGUUGGCCGUGCUCAGAACAUUUCACGUGAGGAGAUCAACCGUCUCGAUGCCGAGAGAAAGAUAUUCAAAAGUCGACAAUACAUUGCAAAUAAAGGACCAGGCGUACAUGCUGCUCAAACAAUGGCGUACGGGAACAAAGCAUUGGACGACCAGAAAUUUCAAUGCACUGUCUGUGUUCUCUCAUUUCGCUCCAAUGCAAAGCUUCUGGAACACAAUCAGCGCCCUAUACACAUUAGAAAGGCCGCUGGAACUUCCACCCGCCAAAGAACCGGCGGCGGUUCUCAAUAUGCGACCGCGAAUAAGACGCAUUGGUGCGCAAUCUGCAAACAUGCUGCUUCCACAGCUGCGAGGCUUCAGGGACUUGACAUACCGAAUGUGACUCACGUCGUGAAUUACGAUCUUCCCACCGACAUUGAUGACUACGUCCAUCGAAUUGGUCGUACCGGCCGUGCAGGAAAUACCGGUAUUUCCACCGCCUUCUUCAACCGCGGCAACCGCGGUGUUGUUCGGGAUCUUAUUGAUCUCCUGAAGGAAGCUAACCAAGAGGUUCCUGCUUUCCUCGAGAAUAUCGCUCGAGAGGGUUCUAGCUUUGGUGGCGGUGGUGGACGAGGCGGUGGCCGUUCAGGUGGCCGUGGACGUGGCGCUGGAAGCAACCGUGAUUUCCGAAAGGUCGGAGGCGGUGGAGGAUUUGGCGGUGCUCCAGGCUAUGGCGGGCCACCACAGAGUGGAUACGGAGGAGGAUACGGCGCCGGUGCCGGUGGUCCUCCCCCAGCUGCCUACGGUGGUGCCCCCUCUUUCGGCGGUGGCGGCGGCGGAUACGGUAAUGGCAGUUAUGGCAAUCCAUCCGCUGGCGGACAGUCCUGGUGGUAA